UAUUCGGCUACACGACAACAGAAACUUGUCAGUUGAAACGUUAUACAUUUUCCAACGAUAACGAUAUUCUUGUUUCUUUUCCGCUCGAUUAAAUGUGAUUUUUUGUGCCGUUAAAAUUCUGAAUUUUUUGAUACAUUGUUUUCGAGUCAACAAUGUUCGAGUACGAUAGCGACAGUUCAUAUUCGAAUAGCGCGAGUGAUUCUCGAUCCGACUCUGACGAUUUUGACGAUUAUAGCGAAGAAGACUACAAUGAUAGUGAUAGCAAUGAUUCGUAUUUCAACCAUGACAGAAUCCGAGUCGUCAUGGGUAGUGGUUCCAGUUCUGAAGAAUCCGACUCAGACGAUGAGAUCUGCUACGAAGCUGAUCUUAAACCGACUUCGGUGCCAAGAUUAGAAAGAAUGGCAUUAUUUAGCGUGGCAAUCGCGUUAUGGAAUCAUGCCACCGUCGCGAUACCAGGAAUAAUAACGAAUCAUGGAGCAUGGCGUACAUCCUUGGACGACGAAGUACCUAAAUGGAUAGACGCGUUACCUAUUCCCAAAUCGUUUACUAAAUGUAUCACGAAACAUUUCAAUAACGUGAAAUUCAACGCGAACGAGUGGAUUUCUUACAUUUUUCGAGCAGUAUUCUUGAAACAAGGCCGAAAAACGGACUUAUAUCAGUAUAUCAAUCUCAUCGUUUGGUAUCCCAAUGACUCGAUUAAUUCUGUCGCAACGGCUCGAAAUUUGCUGCAAUCCGAUAAAUUAACCAAGGAAGAGAAGUUCCGGUUGGCGUGUACGUAUUGCAUGCAAGAAGACGUAGAAAAAAUCUGGCCAACAACUGAUGAGAAUGCUGUCCUCGAUAAAUUUCGCUUCGUCGAAUUUCCUUUGAUAUGCUAUUGGAAACGUUAUUGCGCCGAAAAAUUAGAUAAGACACGUGCGCCUAGAAAACUGUACAAAGACGAGAUCAUGAUUCAGCAAGAUUUUGUCGAUAACUGGCCAGCAAUCGAGUAUUUUUUCGAUCGUUUGGACGUCGAACAACGAGUUUCUAAAGUUAUUUGGUUUGUCGAAAAAGGAUCAUCUUUUCAAAAAUUAUUACUCGCGAAACUGGACGAAUCUCGACGCUUACCAGUGAUCAUGGAGAAACUUAGCACUAUCAUGAGUAACUUCGCAGACUUGAAAUCCGAAGAUGGCCACGAAUGUGUCGUUGAAAUGUGGUACGAUGUUCGCAGUUUCAUCACCCAAGAUCAGUUCGUUACCUUAUUCAACGAGCUUUUGGUCAACUCGACCGAAGCCUCCAGUUUAAUGGAAAUUUGGAACUCUACUCCUGAUGAUUUCAAGCGUCAUAUUUUCAAAUCCGACUACGUUAAUUUUGUCAAGAAAGUAAUGCGGUGGUUCGCCAUUAAAGGAAACAAAGAAAUCUCUUUCGUGUCAUCGCUGUUGUUGGAGAGCGCCGAUGUAGAUUCGUUACGAGAAAUAACAAAAACAACAUUUUUCAGCAAAGAAUGCUGUAGGCAAUUUCUAUGUUACAGUGAUGUCGAAUUGCUAGACCAGCUCAUUAAUAUAUUUCUUCCCGAAGCAGCUGAAUCGACUAGUUUCAAGCUAUCUCUGGCCAAAACUGCGUAUUUUCGUAAACGUUGCAAAGAAUUGAUAUCCGGUCUUCAAAUUCAAACACUCGUGAAAUUUCUGGAUUUCGGUUUCUCGAAAAAUGAUCCGUCAGCGGUACAGUUUAUGCGUCAGAUGUUGGACCCGCAUUUGGGGUAUCUUAAUCAGAAAUGCUCGGGUUAUUAUUCGACCGGUAAUUUAAAAGGCUUGAAUGACUUUCUGGCUUUACUCGCAUCAUCGUAUCCUGAAAUAGUUGCAGACUAUAAAAAGAAACUACUCUUUGGUCCGCGUGGUAUCGAAGCUUGCAUGAAUCAUUUCGGUCCUUCGUAUGAUAUUCUGGCUGCAGUUAUAGCUGAUGGUAUACCGAUCGAAUCGGUCGCCGAGUUUAAAAAGAAGAUCAUUCUUUCACCCAAGGCGAUCGAUAAAUUACAGAAAAUGAUACUCGACGGACUGUUGAGUGAUGCAGAAAACUGCGCUCGCUGGUUUCUCGAAUCAGACUCGGAUAGGAAAGAAUUGAGGACGCUGUUGAUCGAUCGGCUGAAUGAUGAAAAAUCUUGCGUUGAGCCUGAAACGACAAAAAAGUUCUCUGAAUUUUUAUUGUAGCUAUUUUUGCCUGUUGUGUUGAUUCGUUCCAUUUCAAUUUGUCGAAGUUUUACCUUGGGUUUUUAUGGA